AUGGCGAAUUUGAAUGCUUAUGAUGAUAUGGAGAAAGCCCUAGACGAAACCGGUGUCGAUUUGACAACUUUAGUGGUAUGUAAGAUCUUACAAAGGCUUCAGUUUGAGGAAAAAACGGCUUAUAGAUUCUUCUCUUGGGCUUCAAAACAGGAACAUUACUCGCAUGAGACUUGUACUUACAAUGAGAUGAUUGAUAUAUUGUCUAGUACUAAGUAUAAGAACAAGCAGUUUAGGAUUGUGAUUGAUAUGCUUGAUUACAUGAAAAGAAACAAUAAAACAUCUGUUCCUGUAGAUGUUCUGCUUGAGACUCUUAGGAAGUACUGUGAGAGGUAUUUGACUCAUGUUCAGAAAUUUGCGAAAAGGAAACGGAUUAGAGUGAAGACGCAGCCAGAGAUUAAUGCGUUUAAUAUGCUUCUUGAUGCUCUGUGUAAGUGUGGUUUGGUCAAGGAUGCUGAAGCUAUGGUCAAAAGGAUGAGGUAUAAAGUUAAACCUGAUGCGAAUACGUUUAAUGUUUUGUUCUUUGGGUGCUGUAGAGUAAGAGAUCCUAAAAAGGCGAUGAAGCUGCUCGAGGAGAUGAUCCAAGCUGGUCAUAAACCGGAAAAUUUUACGUAUUGUGCUGCUAUUGAUGCAUUUUGCCAAGCUGGAAUGGUUGAUGAUGCAGCUGAGUUGUUCGAGUUCAUGAUAACCAAAGGCUCUGCGGUUUCUGCUCCAACCGCAAAGACUUUUGCUUUGAUGAUUGUGGCGUUGGCGAAGAAUGAUAAAGCAGAAGAAUGUUUUGAGCUAAUCGGGCGUAUGAUAAGUAUGGGGUGCCUUCCUGAUGUGUCAACGUACAAGGAUGUAAUUAAAGGUAUGUGUAAUGCUGGAAAGGUCGAGGAAGCGUACAAGUUCUUGGAUGAGAUGAGCAGUAAAGGUUACCCGCCUGAUAUAGUCACUUACAAUUGCUUUCUUAGGGUACUGUGUGAGAAUAGAAAGAGCGAUGAAGCGCUUAAACUUUAUGGAAGAAUGAUAGAGUCGCGUUGUGCUCCUAGCAUCCAAACAUACAACAUGCUGAUAUCAAUGUUUUUCGAAAUGGAUGAUCCCGAUGGAGCAUUCAAUACAUGGAAAGAAAUGGACGAGAGAGACUGCGCUCAAGACAUUGAAACCUACUGUGCUAUGAUCAAUGGGCUUUUCGACUGUCAAAGGGAUAAAGAGGCGUGCUUUCUUCUGGAAGAGGUUGUGAACAAGGGUCUUAAACUGCCUUAUCGAGCUUUUGACUCAUUUUUGAUGCGUCUGUCUGAGGUUGGUAACCUCAAGGCAAUCCAUAGGCUUUCUGAACAUAUGAAAAAGUUUUACAAUCAUAGUAUGGCUAGGCGUUUCGCACUAAAUGAAAAGAGAAAGAGUACAAGUCUCAGAGGGAAGUAA